AUGUCCGACGAAGACGUUGAUGUCCUCGGCCCAGACGGCCAGCCCCCAGCUCGAGUCGACCGCGAUCGAAGAGCUCCGCGCUUCAGCUGGACUCCCGCAUACGAAGCGACCUUCUUCCGAAGUCUCUGCGAGAGCGUCCAACUUGGUCUCCGCGAAAACUCCUCCUUCAAAGCAGAGGCCUGGGAGCGCGCUGCUCUGGCUCUGCAGGAGAGUCAUGGCGCCUAUCCGGCUAAGAGCCACCUGAUCAACAAGAGUGACAACGCGAGAAAACGGUUUCGGUUAUGGAGAGGCCUUCGUGAGGACCCCGAGUUUGUUUAUAAUCCGGUCAAGAGAACGGUCACUGCUACGGAGGAGGCGUGGACUGCCCAUAUCGAGAGGGAACCGCUUUCUAGGGCGUUGCGCGGCCGACCCUUUGAUCACGAAGACUUUAUGGAAGUUCUUUAUCCAGACGUCAUCGGCUCGGGUGGCGCUCCCAAACGUAUAAUGAAACCACGGAGACGAACAGACGGCCCCAUGACCGAUGACCCUGAUAUGCCGGGCACCGGUAUACUCAAUUUGACAAGCGAUCCUCCUCCUCCUCGACCUCCUGGCCUCGAGAGCCCGAAUUCGCGACCCAUGUUGACUCAAACUCCCACUACAUCCUCCACCGGGUCGGCGACCCAGCCGCGACCGACGUCUACUACAAUUCCUCCACGCGGACCACCGACUGUAGCAAAUGCUAAUGCUCUGACCCCGCCCGACGAGACUAUCACACAGAGCCGCAAGCGACAGCUGCCCACUACAAGCACCUCGAACAUGUUCGAAUCCACACCACCUGCUACUACUAUGCCUAUGGGUCAGCCGGCCCCCGAAUCUCCCGGCAAGCGUCGCCGUACUUCGUCCAACGAUGGCUCUCGUGCUCUUUCAGCGUCUGUUCUCAACUCCUCCAUGCUUCCUUUGGCUGUGCGUGAUGGCCCGAGUGCUGCGUCUCCUUCCCAGGCGGAUAGCCAGAACACCAACGGGCCCGUUAUGGAGGAGAUUGUCGAGGCUGUACGAUCUCGAAAUACUCUACGCUGGCAAGAGGAAGCGCUGGACAUAUUCUUCCGUGACUUUGCAGACGAGGAUCUUGAUCUGCAGGUCAAGAUCUCUGAGGGCGUGCUCAUCAAUGAGUGCAAAGCUAUGGUGUUUUGCAAGAUGCCCAGCCGCGUGCGACAGCACUGGGUAAAGCGUUUUAAGGAAACUCCCCUCCGGCAGUAA